AUGCAGCGCCAGACUCUGCGGCCCAUCGUGCAGCGGUUCCUUGGAUCGUCGCCCUUCGUCUCGAUCUCGAUCUCGACCUCGACCUCCGCUCUGCGUCUCUUCUCCUCCGGCCGCAGCAGGAUGAGUGCCAAACUCAAGCCGGCGUCGCGGUUCUCCGACAGCCGCAAGGAUGUGUGGUCGAUCAUCAACGAGGCGGCAGCAGCGUCGCCGAAGCAGCCGAUCGUGAACCUGGGGCAGGGCUUCUUCGGGUACAACCCGCCGGCGUUUUUGCUGGCAGCGGCCAAGGCGUCGCUGGACCGGGUCGACUGCAACCAGUACAGCCCGACCAAGGGACGGCCACGGCUGCGCAAGGCGAUCGCGGCGGCGUACUCGCCGUUCUGGGGCCGGACGCUCGACCCGGAGACGGAGGUGACGGUGACAUCGGGAGCCAACGAGGGCAUGCUGAGCGUCUUCACGGCCUUUGUCGAGGCGGGCGACGAGGUGAUCGUGUUCGAGCCCUUCUUCGACCAGUACAUCAGCAACAUCGAGAUGCCCGGCGGCAAGGUCGUGUACGUGCCGCUGCAUCCGCCGGCCGACGGCAGCGAACAGACGACAGCAGCGUCGGCCUGGUCCAUUGACUUUGGCGAGCUCGAACGUGCCAUCACGCCGCGCACCAAGAUGCUCGUGCUCAACACGCCGCACAAUCCGGUCGGCAAGGUCUUCUCGCGCGCCGAGCUCGAGCAGAUCGCCGCCCUCUGUGUCCGCCACCAGAUCAUCAUCCUGUCCGACGAGGUCUAUGACCGCCUCUUUUACGUGCCCUUUACCCGCAUCGCCACCCUCGCGCCCGAGGUCGAGCGCAUCACCAUCACCGUCGGCUCGGCCGGCAAGAACUUUUACGCCACCGGCUGGCGCAUCGGCUGGCUCAUCGGUCCGCCCGACUUGAUCCAGUACGUCUCGGCUGCCCACACCCGCAUCAACUUCUCGUCCGUCUCGCCGCUGCAGGAGGCCUGUGCCAUUGGCUUCGAACAGGCCGAGGCCGAGGGCUUCUGGCAGACAUCCAUCACCGACAUGAAGGCCAAGAUGGACCGCUUCAACGAGAUCUGGAAGGAGCUCGGCAUCCCCUACUCCGAGCCCGAUGGCGGCUACUUUGUGCUCGUCAACCUCAGCAAGGUCCACUUGCCGCCCGACUAUCCUUUCCCGCCCGAUGUGGCCAGCCGGCCGCGCGACUUCAAGCUCGCCUGGUUCCUGAUCCAGGAGCUGGGCGUUGCCGCCAUCCCGCCCACCGAGUUUUACACCGCCGCCAACCAGACCAUUGCCGAGGACUACCUCCGCUUUGCCGUCUGCAAAGACGACGACGUGCUGGAGAGCGCCAAGGAGCGGUUGCGCGGCCUGAAGAAGUACUUACGGGAGUAG